AUGGGGUUGCCAGGAACCAAGCUCGGGGCUUUCCGGGCAUAUUUCUUUGGAUAUUUUGUCUGUACAGCGGGUUUCUUGUUUGGAUAUGACACUGGGAUUGUUGGUGGUAUCCUCGAGUUCAAGUCCUACAUCGAUGAUUUUGGCUACAAGGAUCAGACAACCGUCAGUGCUGUGAUGGUAAGCUUGCAGAAUGUAGGCGCAUUCCUAUCGGCCUUGGCAAUCUUCUGGGUGUCAGAACGGUAUGGACGAAAGAAAACAGUCCAGGCAGCCAUGACUGUGUUCUGCCUCGGUGUGAUAUUGCAGGUAGUACCUUCACAUUCACUAGCCUGUUUCUACAUUGGGCGGUUUGUCGCUGGUCUAGGUCUCGGUGCAGGCACUGCGGUCGUUCCAGCAUACAAUGCCGAGAUGGCACCCAAGGAAAUCCGAGGCAAGCUAGGGUCAGGAAUGCAAUGGCUAUUCGCACUGGGUGUGAUGCUGAGCUACUGGAUCGACUAUGCCGUGAAGAUCACGCUGCCCGCCUCUUCAAAGCAGUGGCAGAUUCCCGUUGGUCUCCAGAUGGUGCCAGCUGGAGUUCUCGCACUGGGUCUGUGUGCUAUGCCCGAAAGUGUACGCUGGUUGGCCAAGAAGGGGCGCUUUGACGAAGCAUGGGAAAGUCUAAAAUGGAUGCGAGCUAGUGAAGGUCCCGAAGUGAAGGCAGAAUUCAACGAAAUCCGAGUCGGACUUGAGGAGGAAUUGCGAGCAACCGAGGGAUUCGAGAAGCGCGAACUUCUCGAGCCCGCCAAUCGUUACCGACUACUCCUUGCAGUUUUUAUGUUCUGUGGUCAGCAAUGCACUGGCAUGACCGCCCUUGCUUACUUCGGACCUCAGUUCUUCAAACUGCUAGUCGGUAACAACACAAACCAGUCACUUCUUAUUACUGGUCUUUUUGGCGCUGAGAAGUUUGUCACUGUUGGCAUCUAUAUCUUGUUCUUUUCCGAAAUGUGGGGACGGAAGCCGACCCUUUGGAUUUCAGCUCUAUUAAUGGCUGGUUGCUUCAUUAUCGUCACAGUUGUCAAGGAAACCACGCCAGAACCAAAUGCAAAAGCCACACCAGCCGGUAUUGGUAUGGUGGCUAUGAUAUUCCUGACUAACUCGAUCUACCAAUUUAGUUGGGGGCCAUUGCCGUGGCCAUAUACCUCCGAGAUAUUCCCAACACGGAUCCGAGAGAUUGGAACCUCGGUCGCAGUAUCAACACAAUGGCUUUUCAACUUCCUUUUCUCCCUAGUGACACGCUACAUGAUGAAUUCCUGGGGGAGUUACGUUUUCCUUUUCUAUGCGAUCCUGGAUAUCAUCAUGGCAAUCAUUGUCUUCUUUUUUGUUAAAGAGACUAAAGGAAAAAGUCUUGAAGAGAUGGAAACUAUAUUCCACAGCAAAGCUGCAUUUGAUGUUGAUGCUGUCCGACGGGAUGCCCUGAAGGAUACAGUUGCGGACGAAGUUAAUCAAUUGGAAAUGGGUUAUUCUGAGUUCUACUGCCAUCUUUGCGGCGUGAGCUUCAACAUCGUCUUUCGCCUAAAAUCUGGGGAGCUGGAUGUGCCUGGUCCUGAAAACCAAAAGACAGAUGGGUUUGAUUUUACAGAUAAUGAAGACACAUCUCAAGAUCUCGACUAUAAAUCCCAAAAGGAUUGUGAGGAAGAGCCAUAUGAAUAUGACUCUGAUUGCGAAUCAACCGAUGGCAUGAGCCUUGGCGGAGAUAUGUCUAACAACGAAGACUGCGAAGACAACAGUACUGAUGACUCCGAUGGUCAAACGUACUACAACUGGGUGUUGCAAACUUUCAACCCGGCGAGCGCCACGAGGGGGGAGUCCCAGCAGAGCGUCGGAUACUUUGACAGUCCAAUGUCAGGCUACUCGUCCGAUGCUAUCUCCCCUGAGGAGGCGAGAGGCUGUCGCACUGCCCAGUUCCUCGUGCGCAAAACGGAUCCAAGGGAUCAAUGGCGGGCUGACCAGCUACACGCGGCCUGGGAAAUUGAUGGAGACUGGUCUUUGUCUGGAAUUUGCGACGGAACGCCGUCGCGCGAUAUAUCCUGCCCAAUAGUAUGCCCUGUACGAAAUGGGAUAGAUUAUGUAGAGGCGGACAAUGUGAAUUUCGAUCCAGAUAGAGAACCGGAUGAUAUAGCCAUGCCAUUCCAUCCGUGGUGCUUUGAUAUCUUCUGCCGACAGUCCAAAGUCCAAUUUCAACGCAUUAACGUUGAAGGCCUCAUGACCUGGCGUAAUGCCGAGUUUGGCUGGGAUGAUUUCGGCACCUUUCCUCGGGCCAAAGAGGUUAAUGAUUCACAGGAUCAAUGGUGGUGCCAUGACGAUGGUACUGAGUAUCUGGUCGCCAAUCCCCUUUACGUGCCCGGGCUACCAGAAAUUCUUCUCACCGCGGCAAAGAAUGAAAGAUUGCCUUCCUCGUCCGACCCGUAUUCCGAGAUUGAGUCAUCUCAGCCUGUCGCGAACCGCCCUACUGCAUCUCACAAGAGGCAAACCGACAGUCUCUCUUCUCUUCCCGCAGAGAUUCGGCUCAUCGUCAUCGAAUACCUAGACUCUAGCGAUAUCACUAGUCUAAGUAUUGCGUCUAGGGCAUUCGCUCAACUCCCAAACAGUGUGUGGUACAAACUAGUACGCAAAGAAAUGCCUUGGCUGUGGGAGGCCUGGGAAGAAUCUGAAUGCAUACACAACCCUUCGCCCUGGACAAUCCUAACAACAGCAGAUAUCAAGUGUGUAGUCACGGCACGGAGUGCGUAUGCCCAGGCCUUGGUUGAAGAUUCUUACACACAGCUUGAUGCCGAGAAAGCUGCGGAGUCCCGAUUUGUUCUGCCGAUUAUCAUUCCGGAGGAAGUGAAAUUGCCUAGAGCAACCACCGACUGGCAUCGUGUAUUUAUGCAAAUCCGACUCAACUGGGAUAAGCUCAAGGGGUUACGAAAUCGACAGCGGAUUUGGGUGGAUGUGGAGGAGGUUGUGAGACGUAUUCAGAAGUUUGAUCCAUAA